GUCUGACGUCAUGUCGUAGAGCCUAGCAACAGCGCAGACUCCCGGCCGAGUCCGUUAUGGCCGCUGUCGCCCUGGGGAGGAUGAGUGGGGUCGUGCAAGCGAAGCUGCCGCCCCGGCUGGGCGUCCAGGCCCCCGGGGGUUUGGCGCGGCCGCUGGUCCUGGCGUUCCUGCUCGUGUCCGCCACCGUGUCCAGUGCUCAAUCGCCGUCUGACUCACAGAGCCAAACUGUAUCCCAGCCAGAUGUUUCUUCUUCAAAUACAAGUGCUGCUUUAAAACCUGAAAACCAAACCAAACCUGCCAUUUCCCAAGCCAGCACCACUCUCCCUCCCACAACUAGUACAGAGAAGAGUGGAGGGGCCUCUGUGGCCCCUCAUCCCUCCCCUACAAGCGCCCAGUCUCAAGAGGAAGCCGACAACAAUGGCGAUGCCAGCGUGGAGGAGGAGGACCUUCUCACGCUGAACAGUUCUCCGUCCACUGCCAAAGACACUCUGGACAAUGGUGAUUACGGAGAGUCAGAGUACGACUGGACCAUCAAUCCCAGGGACGAGGAGUCCAGCGAGGCCUUGGAAGAAAAAAGGGGCUACAUGGAAAUUGAACAGGCAGUGAGAUCUUUUAAGACCCCAUCCUCAAGUGUAGAAGAGGAAGACAGCCAUUUCUUUUUUCAUCUUCUUAUUUUUGCUUUUUGCAUUGCUGUUGUUUACAUUACGUAUCACAACAAAAGGAAGAUUUUCCUUCUGGUUCAAAGCAGGAAAUGGCGUGACGGUCUUUGUUCCAAAACAGUGGAAUAUCAUCGCCUAGACCAGAAUGUUAAUGAGGCAAUGCCUUCACUGAAGAUUACCAAUGAUUAUAUUUUUUAAAGCACUGUGAUUU